AUGCGGGAGCCGGAAUGUGGGAUGCAGGAUGCGGGAGCCUCCCGGCACUCCCGGCACGGCUGUCUGCUGCCGCUCGGUGGCCGCCGCACGGUGAAGCACGAAAGCGGCCGUGCCGUGCCGGGGGACGCUCAGGUUUCCCAGAAGCGACCCGUCUGUGAAAGGCUGAGCUCCUUCAGGGAUCCUUCUCCACCUGUUGCUGUGUCCCAGGACCGGCUCUCCCUCACGCCAGGGUCACUCCCGCCCAGCCUGGAUGGGGUUCCCGCCGCGGGGUUGGGAUGCGGACAGGGGUACCCUUUCUUCUCGUUUUCGGGACUUCACAUAACCCUGGCUCCAAGCUGCUUGCAAGACUGCUCCAUAUUCCAGCUGACGGGCACUGGCCGCCAGGAGUUUCGACGGCAACAUCGCAUCAUGCUGGGAGCUGGGGGACCCGGCCCGGCUGUGAGCGCCCACCUGGCCACACUGCCCUACGUGCCGUACCCCGGCUCGGCCAGGUAUGGGGACUACUACUGGUUCUCCGCAGGCAGCACGGACAGCGUGCCCACCGAGGAGGCUCCGGCGCCGGACGCGCUGCCCCUGCCCGCGGCUAAGACGCCCAGUCCCUCAGUGGACUCCCCAGCUUCUUCCACCUCUGGGACGCUCAUCCAGUACUACACCCCCGACUCUGCCACUAGCCCCACUGCAGCAGGGACCACGUCUCCCCACUCCUCUCUGCAGAAGAUCAAGGCGCACGGCAAGGGUGUGGUGAAGACGGGCAAGAGCCGCACAGCCUUCUCGCAGGAGCAGCUGAAAGCCCUACACCAGCGCUUCCAGAGCCAGAAGUACCUCAGCCCCCAGCAGAUCCGGGAGCUGGCUGCUGCCCUUGAGCUCACCUACAAGCAGGUGAAAACAUGGUUUCAGAAUCAACGGAUGAAAUUUAAGCGCUGCCAGAAGGAGAGCCAGUGGGUGGAUAACGGGAUGUAUCUGCCACAGAAUGGGGUUCACCAGGCUGCAUACCUGGAUGUAGCACCUGCGUUUCACCAGGUCUUCCCUGUCGGCGCCGGCGGGAAUUUUCAGGCUGUGCCCAACGUGCACCACGCUUACAGCAGCGGACAGACUUACGGGAAUGGGCAGAACCUGUACUCAUUUGUGUCUGUGGAGGAUGAGGGGCUCUGUGGAAAAGGUGGGUCAAGCUGCAAUAGCCAGCAAGCCAUGGGUUUAUUAAGCCAGCAAAUGAACUUGUAUCACAGCUACUUUGACAAUACAGAUGUCAGUGUGGAUGCAGAAGACACCUUCAACUUCCAGAGCACCUCUGACACUGUCACACCAUUUUCAAGCUUUACACAGAAUCAAUGCCAGUUACCUUGGCAUCCCAUGGCGACUCAGAGUGGGUAUGAGUCUCAGGUCUGA